GUCCAUUCGGAUGUGAUACGAACUUCGGUUUCUGCUUCUCAGCGAUCACUGGAAUAAAAACCCACUCACUCUAAAAAUGAAGGUUAACUAAAUGUUCGGGCUUUUACAAAUGAUAAACUGUUACAGGACACACAUUUCCGAUGGUGACCCAGACUAUUUUAUCGUUUGAUUUACUACGAAGUCCACAAUAUUUCGGUCGCUUUUUAUCAUGGAAACGUGUGCUUUCAGACGCACUCAACGUGUAAUUUUGGUGGUAGUUUUCUGUCUCUUAAAACCAACAGUUGCUGGAACCUUCGCGCCGAAUAUCGACCCGAACGACUCGUUCAUGACUGGGACAUAUUUAUCAACUGGCACACACGAUUCAGAAGAAACAACUUAUUUGCCAAGAAAGCUGACAACUUCCACAAUAGUGUUCACUGGGGAGGCUGUGAAGUUUGACCACUCAUCCACAGCAAGACUCUCGGAUAUCCACCCUAGCCUUUCAGAGAGUGAAGCCCAAACUGCCACUGAUCAGAACUCUUUCCACGUGGACACAGAGAGCUGGACAGAGACCAACCCAGAUGUGUCCAUGGAGCCACUGAGCUCCAGCUUGAAACUACCGACUAUCACAGCCACUCAGCUGGGAGAGCCAGCAGUUCUAGCUAACAUCACUAAUGCCUAUCUGGCUUUAACAGAGGAUUGGCAGCCUCCAACUGAGGCCAGGACUGCAAGAGACCUCACUGUGACAGAGCUGACCAAACCAGGAAUCAACAGUACCGAUGUGGCUGAUUCCAUCUCGCAUGCUGACAGCCUCCACAUCUCUACCACUGUUACACGCACUCUGCUCUCCAUUACAUCCAACAGCAGCUUUCCAUACAUAGAGGACACCAGCUCCUCCGAGACGGUUCCCCGCACCGUUACCUUGGGGGGAGGUAGUACAGGUGUUACUCAUGGCAGGAACUACCCAGAUGGUCUCUUGUCUACUGAAAGUGACCAUUCCAGUGCAACAUCUGACGAUCAUCUCCCCAUGAAUGCCACCCAAGGGACAGUUCCUAGGUCCGAGGUGCCCCAUGUUUUCUUGGGCACACAGUACCAGACUGGACAGCCCAACGUCACAGGGCCAGGCUUUGCAGGGAUGGCUGACAGCACCAGUCCUGAGUCCAGUCCAUCUUUCACAGAGUUCAACAGUGAGGCAAACACCACAGCUGAUUCUUCUACCAGUGGGGCUUCCUACACAGAUAGGAGUAUGUUGUCACCCUCUGUCCCUCCAUCCGUGCCCCCUGAGAAUAGUCAUGCCAUUACGUCCCACCACGACAGUGACACUGUGGCCACUGAGACUGUCACAGGGCGUGUGAGCACCAGCCUAGGGGAUGUGGAAGAGCCCCAGACUCAUAUGGAAGAGACCACUAUUUCCGGCCUGACCACUGCACCUCUCGCCCCCUCAGAUGUGGACACCACUGUGCAAGAGUCCUUCUCAAAGUUUCUCUUUGGCCAGCAAUCCUUUGUCCCCCCAACUGAUCAUUCAUCAGAUGGCCUUACCACAGCUUCAGGCCCACAGACUCAAAGACCACAAAAUACAGAGGAAGGCACUAACAUGGCUAGCACUAUCCCUGUUGCUAGCACCAGGCUAGCCAGCACUAGCACUGCAGCUUCGAUUACAACACAGAAUGUUCAACCCAGCACCACUGCCUUGAUGCACAUAGCUCACACCACCCUUGUUAUCACAGACACUACUCAGGUGCUGACCACGCCCACUACAGAACAGUAUGCCCCCACCUCCCGAACAGCCACACCCCUCCAGCAUCCCAGCUCAUCCCAACCUGGAGAUAUGGGUACUGAUGUGAACACACCACACCAGGAAACCAGCACUGCUACCCCAGGAACGACCACCAAGCAUACCACUGCCUUCUACACUAGGAGCACCCCCGCCAGGACUACUGCAGUAGUGAGCACAGGAAGGCACACUGUCAAAGGCCCUACAGAGAAGGAAACCACAACCACACAGAUGUCUUUGAAGUCAACCCCGUCUCCUGAUGUGGAUGAGUGUGUGAGCAACCCAUGUCCACAGGACUCGGUGUGUGUGAACACUCGUGGCUCAUUUAACUGCGAGUGUGCCCUGGGCUAUGACCUGGAGGAUGGCCGCAGCUGCACGCAAGCAAAGACGUUCUUAGGUAUGUUCAGUGUAAACAGCCCUUUGUACAACUCCAGCACUGAUCCGCAUGUACUUCACAGGGAGAUCCUGCAGCUGCUAAAUGCAUCUCUGUCCAUUCUACAUGGUUAUAGACGUUCUACACUGCGAGACAAAGAUGGCUUGCAUAUCAUGAAUAUGUUCUCCAUGUCUGCCAAUGUGACCACCCAUGAGGUUAAUAGUAGCAUCCAGAUGUCUCUGAAGAACUGUGGGAAACCACAAUCCGUCUGCUCGCUCCAUCAGCGUUACCAGUUGACUUACCAAACGGAAAGUCUGUGCUUGGUUCAGAAGAACAGAUGUGACACCCAGUAUUCCGUGUGCAAUGAUACCUAUGGGACGCCAUACUGCCAGUGCCAGAAAGGCUACUUUAAAAAGAACCCGGAGGACACCACCUGCAGAGACUGUGGUGAUGGCUUCGAGCUUUUUAAUGGAACUUGUGUAGAAUGCACAUUUGGAUUUGGAGGUUUUAACUGCAAUAAUUUUUAUGGGCUGAUAGCCAAAGUGGUGUCACCUGCUGCUGGAGGGUUUUUGCUCCUUGUCAUCAUUGCUCUGAUAGUCACAUGUUGCAGGAAAGACAAGAAUGACAUCAACAAAAUCAUUUUCAAAAGUGGGGACCUUCAAAUGUCUCCAUAUCCAGAGUUUCCCAAAAGCAGCCGUGUGUCUCUGGAGUGGGGCCGUGAGACAAUCGAGAUGCAAGAAAACGGCAGCACCAAGAAUCUGUUGCAGAUGACAGAUAUCUAUUAUUCUCCAGCUCUGCGGAAUGCUGAUCUGGAGAGGAAUGGGCUGUAUCCGUUCUCUGGCCUCCCUGGUUCGCGGCACUCCUGCAUCUACCCAGCACAGUGGAAUCCGUCGUUCAUCAGUGAUGACUCAAGGAGGAGGGACUAUUUCUGACCCCGCCCCUAUCACCUCAGCAGGUCAAGCUCAGGCCAGGACAUUAGGCCUCUCACUGGCUGAAGCUGGACAACAACUGACCACUAAAAGGCAUUUGAAUGUGAAAAUUAACUGGCAGAAAAAGACUGUUAUUAGAUUAAGGCUGGAAGAAAAGUUCUGAUCAGGGUUGUUUGGCAUUUGCAUUCACAGUGACUGGGUAAAACUGCAGUUGUGUUUCUGUUCAAUGACUGAACUUUAG